UUGAAGAGAUUUUUAGUAUAGCUCUGAAAGAGUGUACCAAGCUAAAUUGAUCAGUAGGAUGCUAUUUUGAUUGUGUGAGACAGUGAAAGGAGAGAAGUGUUUCCAGUUUGUAAUGGUAACAUUGUAAAGUAGGCCUCAUCUAAUUUCCAGGGCUCUCAUUUUGAUUAUCGUUGGAAACAUCAAAUGGACGAAGGGAGCAAACACCCACAGUCGAUGGAGAGCGGUCAACAUAACCAGCGGCAUGUCAAUCACCCAAGGCCGUUCUUCUAUGUUCAACCGGCUUCUCAACCUUACUACAACAUGUAUCAUCAUCACAAUCAGUGGCAUAAUAUGAACAACCCAUACAACCACUAUGGUUUACCUGGUUCAGGAGGUUAUCCCUUUGGACGUCCUAGUCCAUACAUGUCCCCAUACCCGUACAUGCAGUAUCCUGGUGGAUAUGUUGUCCCACACACUCCACACAUGCAUCCAGUUGAUUACAGACGCAUGUAUGAACCAUCUCAUUUUCAUCCACCUCCUGUGCAUGACCCCAUAUUCCGCCACCAACAGCAGCAGCAACAACAACACCACCAUGCUCACGCCCAUAGAGAGGUGGUCUGUUCUGAGGCGCAGACGGACCCGAAUGAUGCGCUCAACAAGCUCAUAGAAUGUCUGGACAAACUCAGGGCCAACGAGAUGCAGGGCUCUGAGAAAGAACUGGAUUCCGGUGUCGUUUCCCAAUCUUCCGGAAUAUUCUCGCCAGAUGGGGAAACUAAAUCUUGUGAGGUGGUGGUGGGGGGAGACAUACACGGUGGUCAUGGAGCCUCGUGUGGUAAGUUGGAAGGCAGCCAAUUGCAGUCGUCAUUUCCGAUGGGCAGUUUGUUCAGCGUCGGUGACUCCACGGCGGCGGUCUAUGACCGUGAGUCAAGCCGGAGCCUCGGUGGGCUGGGUCAGGAGGGCUGGGCUGUAGACUCUGAUGAGGAGCCCCCAUUGGACAGCUCAUCUGUUCACGAGGAGCAUAAGGAGAACCUGGACCCGCAGCAACAUGCGGAGGAGGAGUCUCUUCAUCGCUGUUCUUCUGAAAAUCUUUGCCUCCAGUCUGCUGUCUUGCAGUCAGAAAACAGCCCCAGACCUGAAAACACAGACAACCAGGCAGAGGAGGAUAGCACCAAUCCAGACUGUACUAGCUCCACCGAGGGACUUAUGAGGCAGGGCCACUGCUCCAACCUGCUCUCCCCACAGUCACUACCAUCCCCCAUAGCCUCUGACUGGCAAGCCUUAGAGGACACUAAACGUGGGGAAGAAACGUUUGAUGUUCCAAAUAGGAAAGGUCUGUCUAAACUGGAUGUUGACCUUUCCUACCAGAUCCUCCAUCUGCCCUUUGACAAGGUCCUGACAGCUGGAGCUCUGCAGAAGGACUGCUCUGCCAGCUCCAGCUCUGCUCUGCUGUGUGGAGACCUCCAGGCUUCCCUGUCCUCCAGCCGGAUCACCACCACCUCCUCCCCAGCCCAUCACCACUACUAUUCCUACUACUGUCCCCCACAGACUGCCCAUGAAAGGCUCAGCGUCCUCAGUCCCUCCCUGGAUGAGCUCUCGUCCCGAGAUGAGAUGUUCUCCACCGACCUGGAGGACAUGGAUCGGUUUCCCAGAAGCUCCGUCUACGCAGGGAGGAGGUUCUCCGCGGAGGUCGAGCACCUCGGAGAGCCAGAGGUCAAGAAUGUCUGUCCUAAGUCCAAGAAGCUCUUGUGCGCCUGCUGUGGCUCGAGCCUGUUGAAAGGAGGGGCAAGCAGGGUUAAAGUUCAUCACGGCCCGAGUGUGUAUGCAGAUGAUGAGGCGGGGGAUUCUGAUGAAGUUGUCGAGCAGGAACAACAAUCUGCAAGGACGCGUGAGGAGAGAGCGCACCCCACUAGAGUGGUUGUGCAGAAGCACCCUGUCCCCAAGAAACACCAGCCUCUACACAUCCAACAGCAUCCCAAACCCAGCUGUAAGAGAGGCCAGUGUAGAGAGGCUGUCGGACCAGAAGAGCAGCAGGAGGAACCAGAGAUGGUGCUGGUGGGAUCAGAGCUGGAGUAUUAUGAAGGCCAUGUGGUGGAGGGUGGACAGGAUGUGGGGGAUAAGGAACACAGGACAUGCAAAGAUGGACUAUGUAGAGAGGGCAUGGCUACUUCAGAUCCGGGCAGGUGGGAGAGGGAUAGGGCCAAGCCCAGACGAAAACCACACACCUCACUGCAAGAGAGACUGGCACUGAGGAAAGCUCUGUGUAAGCCAUUGGUGUAUCAGAGAGUGAGAGAUGAGGAAGAGGAGCCACCACGAUGUCACAGGGGAAAAGGGUCCACCAAGAGAGGAGACACGAUGUUAAUGUCACAGCAUUGAUCAAAUAAAAUGGCACAGGAAAAAAAGAGCACUUAGUACAUUGCACAAUAGAGAUGGACACUUGUUUUGGUGAUAAACCAAGGAGACUUAGUUAAAGUCUCCUUGGUUAAUAAAGUACACUUUCAGGAGGGCCAUAUACACACUGCCCGUUAGCUAGCACUGUACUGUAUUUUUGGGUAAAAUACCUACUUACUCACCAGCACACGGUUGGUGGCUUUGAAAUGUUGAUUUGCUUAACUGUUGUGACCAGUGUGUGCAUUAUUAAAAUUAAUUUCAUUAUACCCUAA